CGCGUGCAUCCCUGUCCUUUCAGUUCAACCCUACAGCCGAAGCUACCGUUUCGGAUUAGAAUUGUUUAACCAUGGCUUUCGUCAAGGUUGUCAAGAAUAAGGCUUAUUUCAAGCGUUAUCAAGUCAAAUAUCGUCGUCGUCGCGAGGGUAAGACUGAUUACUACGCCCGCCGUAAGCUGGUUCGUCAAGACAAGAACAAGUACAACACCCCCAAGUACCGUCUGUGCGUCCGUUUCACCAACAAGGAUGUCAUCUGCCAGGUAGCCUAUGCCACUAUCGAAGGAGACCGCAUCAUCUGUGCGGCUUACUCUCACGAGCUCCCUCGCUACGGCGUUAAGGUCGGGUUGACCAACUGGGCUGCGUGUUACGCAACCGGUCUUCUAUUGGCCCGUCGCUUGUUGACCAAGUACAACCUUGCUGACAAGUACGAGGGUAACACCAACGGAGGACUAACUGAGGAUGACGAACUAUACCACGUUGAGGAGAAUGUUGAAGGACCCCGUCCCUUCCGUUGCUUCCUUGAUGUUGGUCUAGCCCGUACCUCCACUGGUGCCAAGAUCUUCGGUGCCAUGAAGGGUGCCGUAGACGGAGGUCUAGAUAUCCCCCACAAUGAAAAGCGUUUCCCCGCCUGGUCCAAGGACACGCCCGAGGAGUAUGUUGAGUUCUUGAAGCGUUACGUAUACGGCGGUCACGUGGCCGACUUUAUGGAAGAGCUUGAGGAAGAGGAUGAGGAUAAGUACAAGGUACAGUUCGCUCGUUACAUCGCUGAGGAUAUCUCAUUCGAUGAUCUCGAGGAUAUGUACAAGGAGUGUCACGAGGCUAUCCGUGCCGACCCCUCCCCCAAGGAAAAGUCCAAGCCAUUCGAGGGUCAGAAGCACAAGAACCACCGCAAGAAGCUCACGUACGCCCAGCGCAAGAAUCGUGUGCAACAAAUCCAGCAGACCUUCCUGGCUUCGCAAGAGGAGUAGAGUCCCUUGUAGCGGUAGGAUCAGUAAAUUGGUUGUGCACUUGUGUCAACAGAAACACAAACCUACUGAGGUGUGGCACCUAAACAGUCCA